AGAUACACCAAGAAUUAUAUGACACCAACUCCACCAUGACUUUGCUUUCAAUUGCUUCGCGUACCUACUCUCGACGAGCCCUAACAUCGGUUGCCRCCGCCUCGUCCUCGCCGUCGUUUGGUUCUAGAUUUUAUUCCGGAUCGUCGGACCAGGUCGAUCACUUUGUUUCCGGCUGGGACACYGACGAAGUGGAUAAAUACAAAGACACAAAGAAGUACUGCACGCAAACCUUCAAUAAGAUUUCGGAAGUUGGUCUUUCGGUGUUUUCGAAGGAUUUGUACGAUGUCCUUCCUAACGAGWGUGCCGAUGGUCGUCCGGCACAUGCGCUGAUGUUAAGGUCGCAUAAAUUGAAGGAGGAAGAAGUUACGGCAUCUGUGAGAGCAAUUGCCCGGUGAGUAAGGAACCUCCGAGUGCAGAAACACUGCACAAAAAAAUGUUAUGGUUGAUUAAGACUCAUGCUUUGUUUUCUUCUCUUGUCGUCUUCCAAAACGAUACGGAAUUUUCUGGGUAUGACGUACUCUGCCGGUUAAUUUCGAAUAAACUCGGUUGAUUCACUUCCAUUUCGUUGUCGUAGAUGCGGUGCUGGCACUAACAAUAUCCCUGUUCCUCGSAUGACCGAACUGGGAAUUCCUGUUUUCAACACACCUGGAGCUAAUGCCAAUGCUGUAAAGGAACUUGUCCUUUGUGGACUGCUGAUGGGAAGCAGACGUGUCAUUGAUGGAAUCAACCAUAUGAAGGAUCUUGGAACACAGGGACUGCAAAGAGAGCGUGUGGAAAAAGAUAAAGCAAUGUUUGGUGGAMGAGAAAUCAAAGGGAAGACUUUGGCUGUCAUCGGACUGGGACAYAUUGGAGCAUCUACCGCGGCAGAUGCUCAUGCCCUGGGAAUGAAUUUGGUUGGAUACGAUCCUGGUUUGUCGGUUGAAUCGGCAAUGAAACUUCCAGGAAAUUUGAAGUUGGCRGAUAGCAUUACAUCGGCAGUCGCUAACGCUGACUACAUCAGGUAAGGAAUGAGUGCCAAUUGGGUGGGCUCGCGGUCUGGAUUUAUCGCUGGAGAAAUGGAGCGAGAUAUSGAUCGUACAUCUUUUUCCGAAUUUUGCUCAUCGUCCGCAUUGCCUUUAGCUUGAACAUUCCGUACACAAAAGGAACACAUGGUAUUAUUGGGCAAACCAUUCUUCGCCAUUGCAAGCCAGAUGCUGUCAUUCUCAAUUUUGCUCGUGGUGAAUUAGUUGAUUCAGAGGCCAUGAAGGAAUUCCUGGACCAAAGUGAGGGAGCGAAAUACAUUUCUGACUUCCCUGACGACCUUUUGUGGGAUCACUCCAACGCAAUUGUAAUCCCCCAUUUAGGAGCAUCAACUGGAGAGGCCGAAGAUAGUGCCGCUGCUAUGGCUGCAGAGACUCUCCGAUUGUACCUUGAAGAUGGUACCGUUCGUCAUUCUGUCAACUUCCCCGAUGCCUCACUCCCAGCGAGAAGCCCCRAUCAUAUUCGAAUGACUGUUGUWAAUCAAAACCAACCCGGUGUGCUGAGCUCGAUUACUGAAGUAUUUGCCAAACACAAUCUCAAUAUUGUGCAACAGAUCAAUCAUUCGAGGGACGACAUUGCCUACACCGUCAUCGACAUUGAAGCCGAUGAGAACGCCGAUUUCAAGGSAAUGCAACAGGAACUGACGAUGAGCGAUGGUGUAUUAAGUAGCCGCGUUUUGUUUGGAUUGCCUGGAGCAGGAUAUUCUAGAAAUAUCGAUGGAGAAUAUCACGCAUAAGAUUUUGAUGACAGCAAUUAAAUAAAGAAGGAUUAG